CAGAGUCCAGCCGCCAUGUCUCUGACCAAGGCCGACAAGACCGCAGUCAUCGCCAUCUGGGGAAAGGCGGCCACCCAGGCGGACGCCAUCGGGGCCGAGUCGCUGGAGAGGCUGUUCGCCAGCUACCCCCAGACCAAGACUUACUUCCCCCACUUCGACCUGAGCCAGGGCUCGGCCCAGCUGCGCGGCCACGGCUCCAAGGUCAUCGGCGCCAUCGGGGAGGCAGUGAAGAACAUCGACAACAUCGGGGGUGCCCUGUCCAAGCUGAGCGAGCUGCAUGCCUACAUCCUCCGCGUCGACCCCGUCAACUUCAAGCUCCUCUCCCACUGCAUCCUGGUGUCCUUGGCCGCCCGCUUCCCGGCCGACUUCACGGCCGAGGCCCACGCCGCCUGGGACAAGUUCCUGUCCAUCGUGUCCUCCGUCCUGACUGAGAAAUAUAGAUGAGCCCCACACGAUCGGGAGGAGGAGAGAUGGGCCAAGUCACCGAUGGGUCCCGGCCCACGGGGGGCUGCCUCCGCCUACCCCCCACCCCCUCCGAGCCCCCUACUCCUGGGAGGCUGUC